CAACAGCUGCCCGAUCGUUCCUUAGGUGGCAGGGAAGGGCGAUCGAGAGGCAAGAGCUGAUCGAUUGAAGUUGCCUGGCUCUUUGCGUGCCCUGUGCGCUGCGGGCUCUUCGCGCCUGCGUAGUGCGCCCCCCUCCCUUUCUGCCUCCUCUGCCGCCAUGGCGCCUGUGAAAAAGCCUGUGGCGAAGGGGGGCAAAAAAAAGAAGCAGGUUUUGAAGUUCACCCUCGACUGCACUCACCCUGUAGAAGAUGGAAUCAUGGAUGCUGCCAAUUUUGAGCAGUUCCUCCAGGAGAGAAUCAAGGUGAACGGGAAGGCCGGCAAUCUCGGCGGAGGGGUUGUGACCAUCGAACGGAGCAAGAGCAAGAUCACUGUCACUUCCGAGGUGCCUUUCUCCAAAAGGUAUUUGAAAUAUCUCACCAAAAAAUAUUUGAAGAAGAACAACCUUCGAGACUGGCUGCGUGUUGUCGCCAACAGCAAAGAGAGUUACGAGCUGCGCUACUUCCAGAUUAACCAGGAUGAAGAGGAGGAGGAGGAUGAGGAUUAAGACACAUUGGUCUGCAAUGUUUUGUAUUAAUUCAUAAAUAAAAUUUAGGAACAAAACCUGGUGGUUUAUCCUUGCAUCUCUGCAGUGUGGAUUGGACAGGAAGUUGGAAAUGACAGGGACUGAGCUGCUGCUCGUUUGUAUAUAGACACCUCUCCUGCUCAGAGGCUUCAGUUCUCCAGUAGUAAUGGCCAAACAGAACCAGGCUAGGGGCUCAUCUGACAGAGCAAGUAGACGAGAGGCUGGGUGGUGAGCACCAGCCAGCCCAAGUCUUAGAGCUAGUGGUUGGUUAUAUCUUGUGCCUGCCUGUCUCGAGGAAGGCUUGAGACACAUGUGGUGCUCCUCAGAAACAGGUGAUUUCUCUGUGUGAUUUUUCUUUUCCCCUGGGACAAUGACAGACAGUAAGACAGGUUUCAGGGACUUUGGUCUCUAGGUCUGAACACUAGUCACAAUUGUGUGUACUAAUCUUCUUCCUUCCUAUUGAAUUAAGAGGGGGUCUUUCAGUAUUACUGCUGCAUGUUCUGCCUUUAUAGAGGAUCUGUAAGUAUGCUGGGCAUCCGGGCUUUUAGGGGGCUCUCUAUAGGGUGUCUGAGCCAGAGGUCAACAAGGGCUUAUAGACAAUUCAAACAAAGCCCAUGGCUGAGGAAGACAGCUUCCAGAUGUUCCCAGUAGGGGGAGCCCCUCCAGGCCCAGGGCUCAGAAGGCUUACAGGGUGGGAACUCCAAUACUGGUGGAGGGAGGAGGGCGUUUGAUGGGAAGAUGGGGAAGUUGUUGCUUCCUAAACUGUCACAACUGGACUUCGAUAGGAGUCAUAUAGUCUGGGACCACAGCCCAGUGGUAGAACGCUAGCCUGAUGUGCUCCAGGUUUAAUCUCCAUCACUGCAGAAAUGAGUCCAAGCUAUGUGUACCUCCAGGGCACUGGGCAUGGAAGGCCCUGUGGUGUUCUCUUGCCACUGUGUGUGCCUGGAGAGCUGGCAGGCGGGAAAUGUCUCUGUCAAGGGUUCCCUUGGAAGAGGUCCCAACACUGUAGGGUGCUCCUCUUGUCAAACACUGCAGAAGCAUCUGCUUGCUCUCUAAUAACUGCAGCGCUAAAGGGCUCGCUUACAGCUGGUGGUCACACCUGAGGCCCGGACAUCAAGUGUCCACAAGUUGUGCUGCGCCUCCGAGGUAACCUGUUGAGGCUUUGCAAUCCCCCUGUGGCAAAGGCUCCAGUGUUUUCUAUUUCUAUGCAAAUUUCUUGAAGCAGAACUGUUACUGUCUUUCUCCUCUGCCCUCGGAGGAGGCAUUUCCUUCCAACUUGAGUUGCAGCCCUUCGUGGUCAGCUUCUUAAGUUUGUGACUUGGGUUUGCAGAUCUCAUUUGUUAAAUUGCCGGACCAUGGGGUGGUCUUUAGUUGGGCUGUAAAAAAAACAUUUACCCUGGGUUGACUAGCAUAUGCUUCUAAAAGAUGGUCCCAGAUUUUGAAACUUGUAAUAAAAUGGAAACUCGCUGGUUUUUAUGCCUUUCUAACUCUUGUAUUUGAAUGGAUGUUGAUCACUUUUUGUAUUAAAGUGGCUGACACAUGGCUACUGUCA